AGUCAUCUGGUGAGGCAGAGAUCGUAGCCGAUAAUGGAUCAAACGCAAAGCUGCCAACAAGAAACUCCGCAACUCUGUAGCAGAUGCCAGGAAUUUUAUGGAAGCCCACAAAAUCAUGGUCUGUGUUCAAAUUGCUAUCAAGAUUUUCUCAAAGAAAGGAUAGCUAAAUCUGCAGAAACAAUAUGCUUCAGGGAAACAUCUGCUUCCUCCUCCUUCAGCCCUUCAGUUUCAACGAAUUCUUUAAUCGAUCCAUUGGUCGAUGCGACGAAUUCUCUUACACUUAACAACGACGCUAAUCCUCUUCCAAUUGUGAAUAACAGAUGUAAAUCUUGUAACAAGAAGGUUGGAUUAACGGGGUUUGAUUGUAAAUGUGGGGGAAGUUUUUGUGGGAUGCAUAGAUAUCCAGAGGCACAUGCAUGCAAGUUUGAUUACAAGACUCCAGCUAGGGCUAUUCUGAUGAAGGAAAAUCCAGUCUGUAAAGGAGAUAGACUCGUGGAUAGGGCUUGAUUUCGAGAAGGUUCCUUGCAGACAUUCUUGUUAAAUUUGUUCAAACUAGAA